AUGUCUUGUCCUCCAGCCACAGAAUCUUUGGCCGACAGCAACGGAAAUAUCGCCUCCAGUGCACCCAGUGGAGCAGGUGACCAACCAACAUCGUGGUCAAAAGCCACCGCAGAAGUUUGUCAACAUUCCGAAGACUCCAUUGCAAGUCGGAAUCAGAUGGAUCCUGAGACUGUGACUCCCCAAGAUGAGACGAGUGAUAUGCAAGCCGAGAUCAAACGGCUCAAACUCCAGAUCCAGGACUUGAAAGAGAGAUACCACAAAGAGCAAGAAGGGUUUGAAGAUGUAUUGGAGAAAGACAAUGUGUACCAAGAGUGGAGAACGGGAGAAGUCGAACCACCCGGAUAUCCAUCCACUCGAAGUCAGGUAUACUUCGGCGAGAAGGCUGAUCAUAAUAUGUCUGUGGGACUAGAUCAAGUAGACGCUUUCUACUCAGAACGUGCGCCUCUGACAUUUCCUUACACUAGAGAGUAUUACGGGGCUCCAGGGUUGAGGAGCAUUUCGAUUACUCCAAUGCUGAACCACGUGCCAUGGGCGGAGUUUCAAGGGCCUCUUCAGGUCACCGGCCAAUUCAACAAAUUUGCGAUAGAUGUACUGGUUGGGGAGCCUGAAGUCAAGGUUAUACUCCCCGGGCUUCGGUAUCGCACCAAAGUAGAACCUGUAAGGUUCGGGUUCGAAAACAAGGUUGAUACCCCCGAGGCUGCAGCCAAUGCUUCUUCCUCGUCGGCGGCAGUUAACCCACGAAAACCCACUGGCAAACCCAUGUCUCGCGGUCAGGGACCACUGCCCGAGCGCAUCCGUAUCAACUCGCCAAUAAUUCUGAGAAUCCUUAGCAAGAUCUACCAAGAGGAUAUAUCAACCGGUUUCGAUCCAAUUUUGAUGAUGAGACCGUUUAGAAGUCUUGUCUGGUACAAAGACGAUAUUCGAAAGGAGAGAGAUGACCUCGAGGAGUAUUUGACCAGGACUCAGAAAGAAGCUGGAAAGGCUCGAAACAACGAGGAAGCAACAGAAUUAGAAGUCAAACAGGGAAAGCCCACCGGCGAGGUUGUCGAUACUAAAGCUGAGGUUGAAUGGUUCGCUGACCAGAAGAAACCAGAAGCUGUUGCGACCAGGCCGGAUGGGGAGGACAAAGACAAUUCUCCUCAACGCACAGCUGAGAAUAUCUUCAAUACUACUUCAUGGACGAAAGAUAAUAUGAAAGAGACAGAGGAGAGACUAAUUACUGAGGAUGAUCUAAUAACAGUCAGGAGGCGAGCUAGUCUAGACACCCAGGCUGCCGACGAUGAUGCUCUCUUACGCACUCAAGAAGAACUAGAUCACCUCAACUGUCUCGUUGACUUCAUUGACCAUGAUCUGGAAGACAAGCUAGCUUUUCUCGCUAGCAAAGAAUGCACCAAGGUUGUCUGGAGCGAUAUUUGGCACCUCAUUAAACCAGGUGACUUUGUGGUCAGCAAGGACGAGAAGCAGGCAUAUCGCGUCAUCCAAGUGAAUUAUGCUACGCACAUCAUGAAGCCUCCCACAGGGAGAAGCCUUUGGAUGUCCGAAGCAAGGGCCAGGCUUGACGAUUCACCCAUCACCAUUCAGUGCGCUCACCUGGACUUUGAUGGAGAACACAUUGGCCCCGUUACGCAGACAAUCGACAUUCAUCGAUACGAAGGCCAAAGGAGCAUUCGCUCUCUCCCCGUCGUUCCUCUUCAAUGGGCCAGUAGCCGUAACUUGAAGGAUACAUUGAUCAAGCGGGGUUCAAUGUUCAUCGAAGUAUGCGACCCUCAACGCCGCGGCAUUCCAAUGCACUACUCAGGGCUUUCUCUCGAAACACAAGAAGAAAUCGAUAGCCAAGUUGUCAUUGACUUCGAAGAAGCCUUCGCCGCCAACGACGUCGGUGGCAAAACCAAGCCCUCUGGCUGGACGGUCGAAAAGCUUGUCCUCGAACGGUUCGCCUCCGAAAUCAAAGACGACAUUCAACUGUACCUCCAGGACGUUCAAAGAAACUGGAAGCCUAAGCUCAAAGAUAUAGGUCCGGGUGGUGAUUCUGAUGCGGGUCAGCAAUAUGACAGCUCGGAUAGCAUUGAAGUUGCUCGUCGCCGUCGCCGUCGCCAACAGCAAACUUGCCUUCCACAGUGUUGUUCCAAGGAGAAGGUUCACGAUGACGUUUUCGUGGAGCAUAACCGGACUAGUGAAUUUGUGCACACCAAGCUCGACGUGACCUAUCUCGGCCCCAUGAAGGAUCAAAACACAUUCGACUUGCUCAUCCUACCACCUGGGCACAGGGAGAUGGUGGAAAGUCUGGUAACCCAGCACUUUUUGGACAAGGCGUCAGCUUACGAUGAGACGGAUGAAGUCGACAUUGUCCGCGGAAAAGGCAAGGGCUUGAUCCUUCUCCUGCAUGGAGCUCCUGGGACGGUCACAGGAGAUCUAGGGUCUACAGCCGAUGUUGUCGAGAGCCGCUUAGAGAAGAACUUUGCUCUUGCAAGCCGAUGGGGCUGUAUUCUGCUCAUCGAUGAGGCAGAUGUUUUCCUUGAAGCUCGACAGACUGAGAACUUUGAUCGCAACAGUCUUGUCGCUGUGUCCCCGUUCGUAGUUUUUCUUAGGACUCUGGAGUACUACACUGGUAUCCUAUUCCUUACCACUAACCGUGUCGGCACCUUUGACGAAGCUUUCACUUCCCGUGUUCACAUCAGCUUAUACUACCCUCCUUUGAGCCAAGCUUCAACUCUUGCCGUCUUUCAGGUCAACCUCACGCGCAUCCAAGCCCGGUUUGAGAAGAAGAAGGAGAGAGGAGAAGCGGAGCUUGAACUGGAUGAGCGGUCCAUCAACGAGUUCAUCCUCGACUACUUCACAGAGAACGAGGACGCGCGUUGGAACGGUCGCCAAAUCCGCAACGCAUGCAAAACUGCUCUCGCCCUCGCUGAGUUUGAGGGCCAGAAGCUAGCUAACCCGGAUGCCAGUGGCGGCCGGAACGUCAUGGAGAUAGCGGCUAUGUCAAGGAAGAUGAUCAAAGUUAAGUUGACAAAGAAACACUUCAGGGAUGUAGCAAACGCAUAUCUGGCAUUUAUGAAGUAUCUUCGAGAGGUUCAUGGUUUCAGUGCCGCACAGCAAGCCAAGAACUUCCGCCUCAGGCAUGAUCGAUGGGGCCUCGGAGAGUCUGCAAGCCUCCUAGCAUCAAGGCAGAUAGUGUAUGGGGGGGGAGGUAGGUCGAAAUAUGGGCAGCGGUACGGAGCCAGAUCAACUGGAAGAACAGGUCAACAAGCACGAGGGCAAAGGUAUCGACAAGAACAGAACAUGGAUGAUGAUGACAUCGCAUACGAGUACGGAUAUGCUGAUGAUUACCACGCACAUCAAGAUGACCAGGGAUUCAUGCAAGACGACGACGACGACGGCCGGGACUUUGAGAACCUACCGUUGUUUGAUGAGGAAGACGAUUAUGAUGAGGGCUUUGAAGAUCGUCCUUCUGCACGAGGCAAACAACCGGCCCGAAACUAUGACGAUAACUUUGAAGAUCACAAGUACUACCCUGAUGAGCAGCACACAACAAAGCAUCGACCAGGUCCGUCGCAGGCAGAGGUGAGAGAACGAUAUCCUGUCCGCGGUGGAAGUCGGGGAAGAGGGCCCGGCCGCAGCCAACAGGCGCCGAGAAGGGGUGAUCAGGUUCACAAGGGAAGAUUGAUGCCAGGGGCAUACAGGAAAAUUCCUCCUGAUGAAGCUGAUUAA